CUGUAAGCGGCAAGAUGGCGACGACAACGCGUCUGUCAAGGAUCAGCUGAUUGUGACACUUGAUAUGAACACUUUGCAGAACACUUUGCCGUGUAAACGAAAAUAUCAAGUGAAGAAUUCGAUGUUUUCCUAAGAAAAUUUGAAGUUUCUGGUGCGAGUCGCCAUCACUCCCAUUGACAAUUUAAACUCGUAGUACGACUCAACGUCAAAUCGGACGGGUCUUUAUUUUUCAACGGCACGAUUCCACGGCGUGUUGAAGAGAUGCAUUUUAUUACCGAAUAACACACUCUAAUAGCAUAUUUAAAGAACUCUUUGUUUCCAGAUAUAACUUAACGAUAAUGAAAUAAUUUUGUUUUUUCAAUCGCAUAAUCUAAUGGCCGAUCGAAUAGACUUCCGUCUUUAUCUACUAUGGGGAAAAUAAAGUCCAUGCGGCCUGUCUAUUGGACAUGGACACAGUGUGAAUUCAUCAUUAUCGCUUGUGUUUACUUGUGUUGCGUCUGACAUCUAAUUCAGGAUAAAAUGUAACGUAUCAUUCCUCAAGUGCCAUGAAUGUCACUCAAUGAGCGUAAUCGUGCGAGGAAUGCGUAUGAGCAAUUGUCCCGCGAGGUUCUGUAAUUAUUAACGUGUCAGAUAGAUCAAUCAUUAUUUCAGAUAUUUCUGAAAAAAUGGCAGAUGUUAGAUUACUCAUUCAGGAAGAAGGUCGUACUGCUAGAAACUUGAUAGCUUUUAAUGUACCAGUUGGUACAAAUAAUACAGAAAAGAUUACAAAAAAACCACCCAGUGUACCAAGGCAAGCUCAGUUAGGUUCAACAAAGCGAUCUAUGAAACCAGCAACAAGAGUAAGAUCUGCUUCUACAGGUCGUGACAAAAAAUCUGAAUUACAGGCACGAUAUUGGGCAUUUCUAUUUGGGAAUUUACAAAGAGCAGUCGAUGGAAUUUAUCAAACAUGUGAAGAGGAUGAAAAUAUUUCUGAGUGUAAAGAAGUUAUCUUAGUUUUAGAGAAUUAUACGCGCGAUUUUCAUAAUUUAAUAGAAUGGUUUAGAGUUAAAUGGGCAUAUGAAAAUUCGCCACCACCAUUAAGACGAACUCCUUUAGCUUGGGAAGUUAGAAAAACUUCCCCUUGCCGAAUAUGGAAUUCUACAAUAAUUCCAAAAUCUACUAGUCCCUUACAGAGAGCAAGUCCAACCGAAUCUAUUUGUAAAAGUCCAGUUGAACAAAUCAUAUGUGAAUGUAAAACGAUUGUAACAGACAACAAGGUUAAUAAUGUUAAGGAAGAAUUACUUCAUAAAUUAUUAAAAGAUAGUAAAAACAAUGUCUGUAAAAAUUGUUCCUCUGAUAUUAAAGAGAGGCGUAAAAAUGGUAUAGAUAAAAUAGGAAAUCAAACAACGAAUAAGGAGAGAUCUGUAUCGACAAAAGCACUCAACAAAAUUCUCGUGAAACAAUCGGUACAAUCAAAAACGAAUCUCGAAGAUCGUAGGACAUUAAACGAAAGUAUAACAUAUGAUUCGAGAAAUAAAGUAGAUUCAAGAAACAUUCCUAAACAUAUAAAGGAUUCUGUACACGGCAAUAUUACGAAGCUGGCUGAUUCUAAUUUAUCAGUGGAGAAACAAGAACAAGCGUAUAAAAGUGAUAAAAACGUUCAGCUAGAAUCGAGCAUUGACUGUGAACUUAUACAAAAAGAUACUAAUGUCGUGAAUGCUAAAGACGGCAAGACGGAGGGAAAAAAUCCGGAUACAAGAUUAUUGUAUAAUAAAAGUAACACAGUAUUGGGGAAAAACGAAAUUAACGUUAGGGUAAAAAAAGAUAGUAUCCAGAAUACUUCAGAAAAAAUAAAACAAGUCAACUGUCAAAUGAAUAAACAUGAAAUUGGUGAUAAAUCAGAUAAUAAGGAUACUCGAAAUUCCACAGCAAAUUCAUCCUCUAUUCACAUAGAUAAAAGCCCUAUGACAUUCGACACAAAUAGGCCCGCAUACUCAACCAUAUCGCAAACAAGAUCUAAAACACAUUCAUCAACUUCGUCCGAAACUCCAAAGUUCGUCAGAAGUAAGACCUGCUUAAGUGGAAAAAUUUUACCUACUCCAAGUAAAACAAGACCUGGAACGUCUGUUAUAGUGAGAGGACGAUUUCAAACUCUUGAAAAUAAGCUGUCUGAACAAAAUCUUUCAAAGAAGGAUCAAAAUAGAGACAUGAAUGGAUCGGUGGAGGUUUUGACGAAGCAAACGGUAUCUUCCAAGUUAAAGGACGAAAACGACGGUUGGCAGACAGUUAGAAACCGCUGUAGAAGAGGAAGUACUCAUAAUUUAAACAUGUCGACACGCUUUCAUAAACCGAGCACCGCCCUAUCUCUGCCAGCUUUAUCCAUAGAGAGUCCAUCGGAGAAGAUAAAGAAGAACUGUUACACUCCCGAUGGAAAUAACAAGCAAAAGAAAAAGUGUAUUGUAGGUAAAGCUGGAAAGAACAUGAACAACGAAGUUGAGAAGGUUAAGGGAGAAUCCAUGUCAUCAUCUACUAUUAAAAGUAGCCUCGAAGAUACAUUCAAAAAGAAUGCAUUGAAUCUGUACGAUACCAACUCAACGUCGAUGAUCGCAGCUAUCUUUAAAAACGACGCAGAGCUGCUCGAGAAACGUAUACAACAAUUUAUGGCUGCUCAAGCGGAAAGAGAGAGAAUUAUUUUAGAGGAAGAGAGAAAGACGGAAGAAGCAGAUUCUCAGAGAUCUCAGCAAUUAUCAGAUGAAGAGGCAUCUUUGAAACGACAGAUUUUGGAGUUGGAGUCCAGCGAAAUUGAUGUCGACACUGAAACGGAUGAAACGGACGGUGAAAUGGUUCUCGAAAUGGAAGAUGAGCCUGUGGUGUCGCUCAGUGUCGUCGCUGACGAUAUUAGCUUGGAAGAUAGAUAUGAAAAUAUGUUAGAAGGAAUGUCGUGGGCGGAACGAGUCGAUACCCUCGCGCAAUUACGCGCAUUAGUGGCUCGUCAUCCAGGACGUGCUUUAGAAUUGCAUCAAAAACUGUCGUCUCCAUCACGAAAAAGAUCGCUUCCUGAGACGUUAAGAAGAUACCAGGCGAAGCAAGCUUGCGCGCAACAUAAACGUCAAAAGUUACUAAUGGAAAAAUCGCAACGUUUGCGCGAAUUAUUGAACAAAGUAGAGGACGUUAAGAGCGCAAAGAGCCAGUUAAUAGAAGACAAGAGGAUCAGGAUGGAAAUGAGACUUAAAAGAGCGGAGGAAAAUAGAACGCAACAUUUGCUAGAGAUAGUGAGAAAAGCGCACGAUGAGGACUCGAAGUUAAAGGAAAUAGCUUUCAUCAACGAACUUGAAGCACAGAAUAAGAGACAUGAUUUCAUGGCAUUGUGCCAGGAACAAGAAGAAAGAUUGCAGGGUAUCCAAGAAGAACGUCAACGUCGACAAGAGGAGAAGGCUGCCAAAGAAGCUGCGGCUGAAGAACGUCGGAGAGCUUUGGAGGCAGAACGACAGUUGCGAAUACAAAAAAUGAAACAAGCACGGCGAGAACGUGAAGAAAGGGUUGGUAAGAUGCAGCUCGAGAGAGAAAAAGAACGACAGGAACUAGCGAGAGAAAAAGCACGAGAUCGCGAAGAACGUUUGUCGGCGUUACACGCUGCGCAACUGGCUAAUCAAGAAGAGCUGCAGAAGAAAAUAGCACAGAAGCAGCAAGAAUCCGCUAGGAGGCAUGUAGAGAAUAUUGAGCACAUUCGACAGCGUGCGGUUGAAUCUUCAAUUUUAAGAUCGGAAGAAGUACCGCCUACCCUUAAAUCUUAUCCUGCUCAAAAACAGUGUUCUCUGUGUGGCACGAUUAUAUUCAACGAGGUAUAUCUUCUGAGUCACUUGAAAGGGAAGACGCAUCUUGAAGCGGUGCGAAAUGCACAUGAUAACCGUGAGCCAUCCCGAGAUGAACUUCAACGCUUCAACAUUGCGCAGAUACGAGAUGUACCGGUCACCGUGGCCAACAGUAGUAAUGUGAGUAACAGCAAAGCUGCGAAAGAAAAGCAGAAAGCGUUGAAACGUCGAUGCAGGAAGAUAAAGCAACGUAUGAGCUCGCGCGGCCAAGAGUGGGAAGACAAACAAAAAGCUGAGGUUAAUCCAAAUUUAUCGACCGAAUCAGCCAACAAGGCCAAAUUCCGGCGUAAUUUAAAGGAGCUCGAUAAGUUAUACAAUAAUCAUUCCAAAUCUGCGUGGUCGACUAUAGCGCUUGCCGCCUUGGAGCGUUGUUUAGGUGAAAUUACCCGAGCUUUUGCCAAAUCAUGUCAAUUUGAUCAAGACUCUUUCAGAUGCUUGAACGGUUUCGACACUUUAACAAACUUAUUGAAUCUAGGUUUAAACACACAAAAUGUAUCGCAUAAUUUACCGAACAAAGCAAUCGUAUCACUGUGUCGAGUUUACAAAGCCAGCAUCACUGGCAAUAAUGAGAAUAUAGAAAACAUUUUGUUAAGCAACAAAAUUCUCGUUAUCUUGGACUUGCUUUUACAACGUUUGGAGACUUUGGCUAGUCUCGACGACCACGCUCAGACUCAGGACGUGUCUGCCAAUUCAACCGGAAAUGGAAUGGUGGCCGCCAGCGUGACGCAAUUGCUCUGCAGCAUGAUCCCCGAAGAGCCCUUUGAGAGAACCGCCUUGCAGACGCGCGUUCAAGAUAUUGCUGGCUAUCUAGUAGCCGGCAGCCUGGUGGAUCGCGUGUCGCGUCACAGUCAGGCCUUGAUCGAGACGGAUUUCUUUCUGGAUCAGGAGCACGAGUCGCCGUUGCUUGUAUCGUCAUUCGAUCUUCUCGCGCGUAUCUGCGGUCAUCUGAAGAGGUCCGUCGAUCAAGAUAACGUCAGCAUACACGGCGAGGGCGGCGGCAACGUGGAGCAAACAAGCUCCGAGGCGCAUUUGUUGUCGACCUUGUCGACGACCGAGGCCUCAGGUGCGAUCGGCGCACUAUACGCGGCGGUCGCGUUGACGCCGCAGAAUCAGAAAGGAGCCUCGCCGACGCCCAAUCAGACCCUCACGACCGUCGUGCGCACCCUUGCCAGUCGCGGUCUCAAGCUACUCAAGUCGAUCGCGGAGCUCGAUCUUCGGACGCUGCAGAACUUCCUGGGUGUCGAAGGUACGAGCUUACAGUGGCGCUUCAUAGCCAGCCACCUGGUAACGCGGCUGUCACGCGAUUCUUUAUCGGACAAAUCGGAAGUGGGAUCGAUGCCGGAUACGAGCGGUAUAUACAUCCUCUCGGAGCUGUUCAUGGUGCUCGGCUAUUUCGCCGUUAACAACACGGACAAUCAGCUGGUUCUCCAGUCGGCCGGCGCGGGUCCUAGCGUUCUGCAGCAGUUGUGUACUCUACCGUUCCCUUUCUACGGAGACCCCAGACUGAUACCGUACACAACCCCGGCGCUUUUAGCCGCCACGCAUCAGAAUCCCGAAGCGAUGGCGAUAUUGUCUUGUGAAUUAUCGUACGAGUUGCUGGAGCAGUACAGAAAUUCGGAGGAAGGUAAACUGAAUCCUUUGGUGCGUUUGCUGAAGGAUAACGCCUAGUCCGCCCCUGUCUCCCUCGGCCGUCCGGCAUGUUUCACCGACAGUUCAAUUAGUUCAAUUAGUGUAAUUUCGCUCCUAAGAGCUCGCCAGGUAUAAACAAUCUACGUGUAUCAUAUUCAUCGUCGCCAGUGGGACAUCAAGAUCAGCUAAGCAGCCGUCGGCUCCUUAAAAAAGCGGCGGGUGUCACUCCAUGGCGGAGUGACACCCCGCAGAACCGUAGCGACUCGAGAGAGAACGAAUUGAGGAAGGGGAGUGAAAGCUAAACCAUCGGACUCGAUUAGCAGUGCCUCGUAUUUCAUUAUUCAGCGAUUGGGUGAUUGCGUCACGUCACUUUUGUGACGAUAAUUACGUUGUGUCGAGCGCGAAUGCUCCGCGAGAGUCCGACGCGCGCGCGCGCGCGCGUUCCUCCGUAUCCGGGAAUAAAACUCGAUUUGCGAGCCGAGUUAAAUUUACCUGCGAAGUAACGCGGACAAAAGACGUAUGUUAAUUUAGAUCGGUGCUUCCCGGGCCAUUUCGCUCGCCUAUUCGCGGCCGUGAUAUACCGACGGUGACUCGCGCUUGAACGCGUUCGAGCGCGUGAUAUUCCGCGUCGUGAAGGCGCGCGCAUGCGCGCGCGCGCGCGCGCGAGACGGACCGUUCGAGCAGGGCGAUUUUAUCCUCGAAUUUUACUCGCACUCUCCUCCCGCGCAGGAUAUCCUUCAAUCUAGUCCUUUUAACAUUAGUGGAGCUACAGAUUAGCAGUAAUCUCGCAAUCUCUUCACCGCGUAUUUCGUACUAUAUUUUUACGACCGCCCGUCUCCACGCGUGCCAAUCUAUCUAGGUGCAAAGAAUGUGUCUUCAACUGGGGCUUUCUUCAUGUAGCAAUCGUCGCGCGGCGAGGCCCGAUAUACAUAUAGUAGUAGGAAGAUCCUGAUGCGUGUGUUCACCGCUUAAACCGCGUCCGAAAA